UCUUACUGCCCUUUACCGACUUAGUUCAAUGUCAGUCAUGAGUACGGUAGCUCCAUUGAACCUGAGUUAUGUCGGUCGGAAUAUCAAAGUGUAAGUGAAGUGGCCUAGAGACCUACAUUUUGUUUUUAAAACGUAUUAUCGCUGUUUAUGCGCGAUUUUUGAGAUAAAUCAUAUACAUAAACGGCGUAGGUGAAAUAUUAAAAGUUCGCUGGGCGACAAUAUUCUGUCGCCCUAUCGAAUUAUUUGUGUAUAAUGCACGAAGACGCUCCAAAAAUGAGUGUAGCGCAAAGUCUAGCCGCUUCCACGAGCCAGGCGAAGAGUGAGAUCGUGACGGAUGUCCCCGUGGAUUAUGAAAUUAACUCAGUUGAACCAAAACCGAUUCAAACUAUUGAAAUGGACUUAAAACUUGCUUAUGUGAACCCCACUAGCGGCGCCGGUGGUGAACCAGGCGCCUACUUGCCUGCAGCCGGCACCGUGUGUGAUCAGACAGACACCAAGGAUGUAAUCGAGGAACUGUGUCCCGUCUGUGGAGACAAAGUCAGCGGCUACCACUACGGGUUACUGACGUGCGAGUCCUGUAAGGGCUUCUUCAAAAGAACCGUUCAAAACAAGAAGGUGUACACGUGCGUCGCUGAACGAGCCUGCCACAUAGACAAAACACAACGGAAACGCUGCCCAUUUUGCCGCUUCCAAAAGUGCCUCGAUGUUGGCAUGAAACUCGAAGCUGUACGAGCUGACCGCAUGCGCGGUGGUCGGAACAAGUUCGGCCCCAUGUACAAACGGGAUCGUGCCCGCAAACUGCAGAUGAUGCGACAGCGACAAAUCGCAGUGCAGACAUUGCGCGGCUCACUCGGUGACAGCGGCCUCGUGCUCGGCUUCGGGUCUCCUUACGCCACAGUUCCAGUCAAGCAAGAGAUACAGAUCCCACAAGUGUCGUCUCUGACGUCUUCGCCCGAGUCGUCGCCAGGGCCGGCCUUACUGGCUGCCCAGCCGCAGCCACCACAGCCGCCGCCGCCGCCAGCUCACGACAAGUGGGAAGCACAUUCGCCGCACUCCGCAUCUCCGGACGCCUUCGCGUUCGACGCGCCAGCCACAGCAGCCGCCACACCAUCCAGCACCGCCGAACCCACAAGCACUGAAACCCUGCGAGUCUCACCCAUGAUACGCGAAUUCGUACAAACUAUUGAUGAUCGCGAGUGGCAGAAUUCGCUAUUUGGGCUCUUGCAGAGCCAGACUUACAAUCAGUGUGAGGUCGAUCUCUUUGAGUUAAUGUGCAAAGUAUUGGACCAAAACUUAUUUUCACAAGUGGAUUGGGCGAGAAACACCGUGUUCUUUAAGUAUCUAAAGGUCGAUGAUCAAAUGAAGCUAUUGCAACACUCGUGGUCUGACAUGCUCGUGUUAGAUCACCUACACCAGAGGAUGCACAAUGGCCUGCCUGAUGAGACUACUCUCCACAACGGACAGAAGUUCGACCUCCUCUGUUUGGGACUCCUGGGCGUUCCAUCCCUGGCUGAUCACUUCAACGAACUCCAGAACAAAUUAGCAGAGCUCAAAUUCGAUGUCCCGGACUACAUAUGUGUUAAAUUCUUGCUUCUUUUAAAUCCUGAGGUGAGAGGCAUCGUUAAUGUGAAGUGCGUCCGAGAUGGUUAUCAGACAGUCCAAGCCGCACUUCUGGACUAUACGCUGUCCUGUUAUCCUACGAUACAGGAUAAAUUCGGCAAAUUAGUGAUGGUAGUACCUGAGAUCCAUGCCUUACGGCCCGAGGAGAAGAGCACCUAUACCAGCGGCACUGUGCAGGCCAGGCGCCCACACAGACACUCCUUAUGGAAAUGCUACACGCGAAGCGCAAGCCGAACGGAGGUGAAAUGGUUAACCGGAAUGCCGAGCACACGUCGACACUUGACCGAUUGUGCGGAUUCCUGCCUAGCGACGCGAUUGAGCAACAAUCGCCAAUAUAGAAUCUUGAAGUCUCAGUAAGGAGCAACAGACCACAAAAGCGCCAAGCGCUCCCGACAACACAUAAGAUAGAAUAUGCAACAAACUUUACUUAUUAGUUAGUUUUAGUUUGUAACUUGGUGUGUGAUUAUCAAAUUUAAGUUAUUGCGCCGAGCGCCGGCCGGUGGUGCCGCGCGUGCCUAGUCCGAUACAGAUAAAACAAAUAUUUAUCUACCUAAUGUCUGUAAAAUAAUAUACAAAUAUUAUACACCAGUCUUGUGUAGCUAUGGUUAAUUUAUUUAGCAGUCUAUAUCGUGUUACUUCAAAAUUGAGUAAGUACAUUAUAAUAUUACUAGGUUCUCUUUAACUCCGGUGCGUAAGUAAAGGGAAAUAUUACAAUACAUAUUUUAGGAAAGUGUCUGUGAUUAUAAACGAAGAAAUUUGAAAACCGUUUUAAUGUUAGUUGAAAUGAUCAUUAUGUAUAAUAUAAUUAUAAUUGUUAGUUGUAUUCAGUACCAUACGUACGUACAAUAAUUAUGUUGUGGUCGUGCAACGCAGCUUGCGAUGCCCAAUUUUAUUUCUUUUGAAGUUACUUAUUAAAUUUAUCGAUUAUCUUCUUUUUAAGACUAUAAAGCACUUUAUAAUUGAAUGUAUAAUAAAUUUUCUUCACUAAUAUCUUAUAAAGCGUUGUGUUCUAUAAGCUUACAUGUCUCGCGGCGUGAGUGAUUGUUCAUGGGUGUGAAAAUGUGACAACUUUAUUAAGUAUAGAUAUUGGGCUUGAUUGUGUUAAGAAAGAAAUUUUAUCGAAUGUUGAUAUUGGUCUUUGUGUAUUAUAUAAUGUAAAGAAUAAUAGUUAAUCGCAAUUAAAUCAAAUUUAAAAUUUUACAGUUGUUCCUUAAAAAAUGUUUAUCUGAAUGUUGUAUAAAAUUAAUCAAGUAUUGUAAUAUCGGCCAUACCAGUACAAAAUCAAAAUAUAAUCCUUGUAAAUAGCAUAAGCACGUUUACAGUGAUUUAUUCGACUUAUGAUUGUGUAAUUAUGUAAAAUAUGUCUCAACAUACGUGCAAGAAGCCUUAAAAAUCAUAGAUUUUUAAAAAUAUGGGUACUAGCGUCUAUCGGCUGACGGCCGAGGAAGGCGAUGUAUUUUUAUAUAAAACAUAUUGUUCUUUAUUAACAUAUAUAAUAUGUUAACUGAAAGUACAUGAUUUCGUAUUUUUCUAACAAAUAAUAUAGUAGCGUACGUAAUCAAGUGUAAAGAUCUACUUUUAAAGUGGAAGUGAUUAUACAUAAUAUUGAAUAUAAAGUGGUAUCAUAUACUGUAUGUUAAACGGUCAUAGUGACGUUACAAAUUUAAUUUGAAAACGUUUUAAUUUUACAAUGGUGUCAAUUUGAUAAAGAUACUGCCCAGUAGAUAACAGUUUGUUUUGGCAUCUGAUACGAGAUGAUAGCGAUGUUCGCUCGCCCACCCGCGGCAGCCGCUGAACAACCACAGAGCUACAUCUACGUAAUAUGUAACGAAUGAGUUAAUUAAUUAUUUUAUAAUAUGGAUGUUUUAAUCAAUAUUUUUUUUACGUAAUGGCAAUGCACCAAGUGCGAAUGUUUAGCUAGUAGGUUGCGUCAACGAGUAAAUAAUUAUGAUAAAAUAUAAUGGUUUGUUCAUUUUGGCUUAGUUUUUUUAUCUAAGCUCUCAUAUGUACAAAAACUAUGGCACCGUUAUCUACAAUACCGUCCAGUGAACACUCAGAAACACUGUAAUUUUAUUAUCAUGAUAUUGUUUUAUAAAUUCACGAAUUAACUUUCUAUAGACUUGAUACUAGUUGGAAUACAGUCAAGGUACAAUAGGACAGUCAAGUACCUGUUUAGAUGAAUAAACAAACAACUUUAAAAAAAGUUCCUCGAAUCGUUGUUGUGGUACAAUUUUUAAAAUAUACACAAUUCUUAAAUUUCUUUAAUGAGCACUGUUGAAAGUUUUAUAAAUAUUUAUUUACGACUGUAACAGUUUUAAGUUAUUUGCCGUAUUUAAUAUCAGCAUGUUUAAUACAUUUUCAUUGUAACAUUUCGUCUACACUUUUAUAAUCGACGACCACAUAUUUCUAUGUAAAUAUUUAGUACCGUUAUAUCAGAAUCUUACAUAUGUGUACGUCUUGUUAUAACUUAAUGCAUAUGUUAUACUAAACUAGGUACAUAAAGAAGCUCCGAUAGGAAGAAACUGUUUGGAAUAAGCACGUGCUGAUUGUUCGUUCGGUAGUACAUAUUUCUUUGUAAUCAGUUCAAUGAUUUUAAUUAGAUUUUGACGCACUUUUCAUGUGAUUGUGUUCGACAUCGUCCUUAGUCCAAAGUAUUCUUCGAUGACGUCACUUCGAUUCCGAGUCACCGACGCAACGGUGGUAUAAAGUGAAUUGAAGUAACUCGCAGCUUCUCAAGUUUAGGCGCUUUAUUGAAGGCAAAGCUGAUCUGUGAUGGUAUGACAUAGUUAAGUACAUUAGACGGCGUGGGUCAUUAUUUUGCUCGUAAUUCCGCGAGUGCAGUGUUUAAUUGUGACCAAGUUAAUCAAAUCACCCGUUUGUCCAGUGCAGCUUUAAAGUAGACCUUGGUUAUCGACUGGGUUCAGGUUGAGAGUCGGUAAUCUAAGAAAUCUUAAUACUAUGGUUAUAGACAAGUUAAAAACAUUAGCACCACUAGUUCGGAAGCCGUUUAUACCUCAAUGUUAGACUUCUUCAAUUAGAUCCGUGAAUAUUUUACCAAACAUGUUACCAUUUUAAAUAUUAAUAUUUUAUCAUCAGUCACAUGGAUAUUUUUUGCUUAGAUAUACAGUAUUAUUUUGAUAGAUAUAUUAUUCAAGCAAGAUUCACGUUUCCAAUUCAAGGAGUCGUUUCAUAUUGCCGCGGAGCAAAUGAGUACUACAUGCAUACAAUACACGUAUAACAAUAGUAUAGUAUUUUUACGUAUUUAUAUUUCUUGAGGCUUGUUUGCAUUAGACGAUAGCUUUGUGUAUAUCCAGUACGUCCACCUUACUUCAAUACACUACGCGUUACUAAAUUGUAAUUGUCAGUAACUUCUUGACAAUCACCAACUAAUACUAUUAUUGGCACUAAAUCAUUAAUUGCUUUCCUCAAUGGAAGAAUGAAUGUCUUACACAGCUGACUCAUAAUGGUUCAUCCGAUGCACGCAAACUUAAUAUUACAACGGAUUUUUAGUUGAAAUAUAGCGUGACGCCUAAAUGACCGCAAUAAACUAAUCCAUCGUGAUAAUGUCAUCAAAGUUUGCAUAUUUAUUCUAUCUAAAAUAUAGUAUUUUAUCAAUGGGUUAUAACAUUAUACUGUAUGUAUUGAGUUGUCAAGUGUAUGCAUAGUGACCCUUCAAUUUAGUGGCGUCGGAGCGCAAAUUAGACGUGUGCCAUUCAUUGAUCGAAUAGGGCUAGACGCUGUCCUCGACGGCGACCAUCGCAGCCCCGGGGCUGUUCCGACCUACGCCGGGGUCAGUCCCGCUGCAAUAUCAUCCACUGCCCGUACGCGAUCGACCAUAAAAGUACAACGUUACACUACGAUAUACAAAGGCUUACAUUAUCUCGACAAUAAACGGUUCAACAAUCAAGGUGCCAGUGUUCAUAAUCUUUAGGUUUGUUAGUCGAUUCAUUUGCUAUUAUUACCUACGACUUUUGACACCCGCUUCACAUUUGAUUUAAUCAACUAUCAUUUUCAUCCUUCAAUAUUUAAUUGAUUUGAAUAUAUAAAAUCUAAACCUACUAUUUACAUCUAAGAUUAGGUUGUAAUGUGCAACGUUAAGUUGUAUUUUAGCGUUUAUUGUAAGUAAUAUCUAUAUUUAUGACUUAAAAUUAUAAGUAUUUUAAAUUUAAGGUACACGAUAAGUGUUCUAUGUAAAUGUAAAUUUUGAGUUCAAGUACAUUGUAAGUGAUAGAUAGUAAACAAAGUGCGCAGCGGGGAUCAUGGCGCUGCGGUGGGCGGCGCGCCGCUCGCUCACGGGAGCGUAAUGUUCGCCGCGUACGGCACUGUUACUUCGCUCAGAUUCGCUGGCAGCGAUCGUCCGCGCCGGCCCGGCCGCGGCGAGCGCUUCACUUGCAUCAAUCGUUUCGUCAUCACGUGCUUUGUUCGAUAAUAACUUGUUGGGUGAUCGGUUACUGAUGACUAUGUACGCGUCGCACACAUUCCAAAAUAUCGCUAAACGUAACGCUAACUGACGCGCAUACACAAGGCGUUGCAAUUUGUAAGUUUACCACUUUGUUGUUCAUUAACGAUAAGUUAGGAUUAAUCUCAGUCGAUGUUGUUUAACUUUAGUCUGUGUAUAGUAUUCUCGUGGUUAAGUUUAUGUGAGGAUGUGAAUUUGAGCGAAUCGACAGGCCUCAGCCUGAAGGGUUCAUACUAGCUGUAAAUUUUAAGUACCUAAGCGAUAAUUUCUGUUGCACCUAACUUUGUUUCGCGCGCCGUGUUAGUUCUACUUUAUCAAUUGUACAUAUAGAUAGGGCGAGGUAUACAGUUUUCAUUCAUCUUAAAUGGUUAUUGUUGUAUCUGAAAACAUGGGGCUGGCAAAUACCAAUGCAAUACCGCACAUGCUGUUGAUAAUAAUGAGAUGUAAUAACUGAUACCAUCUUAGAUGUAUGGCUAUUUAUGUGUUACGGUUAUGGAAGGCGGUGAGGUGACGAGUCGAGGGCAGGCCGCGGUCAUCGCCCGCCCCGAAGCGAACCGCCCCACGCCUCGAGUGGAACACGACCCUCGCAACUCGGUCCGCUGACCGUUGUCAUAGUUAUAUAAAAUAAGUGCAUCCACUAAUGUUCAGCCACGAAGGCUUAUUGUGAGGCUGCUCCUAUUUUAACUGAACCAGUGUUCGCUAUUUAACUUAGCUCUAUUUGAUCGUUAGACGUUUGGACACCACAUCACUCACUGCUAACAUCACUUAUGAAUAGUAAAUAAUAUUUUCAUUUUUUGUAACUAUAAAAUGUGAACUUGUCACGGCACGACUAAUUAUCACACAUUUCCUACUAGACAUUUAAUAUUUACAAUGAAAGACUUGUGAAAUGUCACUGAAUGGCAACUUCGUCGAAGUUCAGUUAGAGUGGAGCAACCGGCAUUAGCUACCACAGCCACAUAAUUAUGUACCGUGUCAUUACCUCACAUUUUGCGUCUUUUAUACAUUACGAAAUAAUAGUUAUUGUUGUCGCUAAAUCUUUAAACUUAUUUUUAUUGUCAUUAUUGUUUAGAGGUGUCAUUAAGUUUAAAACACAAUGAUCUAUUUUUAGAUGGCAACAUAGAUGAUAAUGUAAGGCGGUGUGAGAUGUCGCCUGAGCAUCUUCAAUGUAUUUAUUUUCAUGGUGAUUAAUAAAUAUUGUGAGACGCACGUAAGCGCCGGCGGCGUGGCGCGCGCUCGCCGCCGCCCGUUAUUGUAGAAAUAAAUGAUAUUUUCGUUUAAAUAA